CGAGUGCCAUGGGGGUGGCACAAAAAAAAAAGCUUUUUCUGUGCUUUGUGUAAGUGAGUUUUGCUGUAAGGAGCAGCAGGCUGUGCGAGUGGCUAAUUACAGGAUGUGGCAAAGAAACUUAGAAGCAGUGGCAGAGCCUUGCACAAGUGUAAUAUGUAAGUGUAACAUGUAAGUGAAUUCAUUCCCCAAACUUAUUUCAUUCAGCGUAUGGCCUGCAGGUGGCGUGUGUACGCUGCGCUGGGAGCAGAGACGCGGAAGAAGUGCGGUACAGCCUCCCCUUCCCCUCAGUGCUCCCGGGGCUGCGGUGGGAGGGUGAGAGAUUCUGCCUCAUUGAGCCGGGACUGCUGGUAACGGCGGACUCGUGCUCUUAACACCGGCCCAACUGCUCUCCAGACGACUGCAAGCGGUCCUUCUUCUCCGGCUACCCGGGAGACCUUCCUACUCAGUCCAGCCCAUGCAAUCCCUGCGCGAAAGAGCCCGAGUACAGCCAUAUUUACAUGCAAGGCAACCAUCCGCAUAUUGACAAACUGAAAGGAAAUCAAAAAGAUGGACAGGUCAAGUCAUUGCAGUUAUGUUCUCCAGCAACUGUACAAUCAGAGAGAAUGGGGAUUUCUUUGUGACUGCUGUAUUGCAAUUGACGACAUCUACUUUCAAGCCCACAAGGCUGUUCUAGCUGCUUGUAGUUCUUACUUUAAAAUGAUGUUCAUAAAUCACCAGAACACAGUUUCACAAAUAAAUCUCAGCAGCGUGAAGAUUAGUGCACAAUGCUUUGAUCUUAUUUUGCAGUUUAUGUACUUGGGAAAAAUACUUCACCGCCCUGAAGAUUUUGAUCAGCUAAAGCAAGCAAUGAGCUAUCUACAACUGUAUGUUAUCCCUGAAUGCCUGGAGGACAUACAGCAUGUGAAUUCUUCCAACCUAAAUUGCUCCUCUACAGCCUCUAGUAGCGUAAGUUGUAAGAUGGUAUUUGGUGUGCGUAUGUAUGAGGAAUCUGCAUCCAAGGAUGUAGAAGAGCCAAAUCGGUGGAUGUCAGACCCUGCCUUAUCUUUAAAUGUGCAGCAAGAAAAAAAGGCAGAUGUUGGCUUAAAACCCUUAUUCCGAAAACAGAUGUCUGAGGUUAUUAAAAAGGUUACCCCCCCAAAAGCAUUAAACACAAGGGAGCGUGGGUCCAGGCGUUUUGGAAGGAGUUUUACUUGUGACAGUUGUGGAUUUGUAUUCAGUUGCGAGAAACUUCUGGAUGAGCAUACACUUACCUGCACUAACAGGCACACAUAUCAAAGCAAAGAAGCAGAUGGUAGUGAACAGACUGAACAAGGGUCACCAAAUCCUAAACAGUCCCCGUUGGAAGAAGGCAGGUGUAAAGUUGAUUCCAGUCAGUCUAAUGAAGAUUCUCUGUCAUCUGGAAGUACUAAACAUUUUUUGGCUGAUUUAGAGCAAAUGAAAAACACAGUUGUUGAAACUACUAAUAAAAACCCAGUCAUUAUUAAAAUUGAGUCAGAUGAUUGUUCUCUUGUAGUUAUGGAUGAUAUUAAUAUUGUUAAAAUAUCAGAUAAAGAUUACUUCGAUCCUUCUGAUGUUGACGAUUUGGAAGACGAAGCUGAAACGCUUAGUAAUUACUGUGUGGAUGAACAGUACAGCAAAGCGGGAAAACAUGGUCAUAGCCGAAAUACACAACCAAAAGACAGAAAUUGCAGAAAAGGAAUACGAUUUAUGAAUAGCAGAGAAGAUGCACCAGUAGAAGAUGGUCAUGAGACUGCCUGUGAGCUUUGCGGCUUGACAGUUACAGAUGACGAUCUUUCAUCUCAUUACUUAUCUAAACACAUAGAAAAUAUAUGUGCUUGUGGAAAAUGUGGGCAAAUAUUAGUGAAGGGUCGGCAGUUACAGGAGCAUGCUCAACGCUGUGGGGAGCCACAGGAGCUAAUGGAAAGCAGUUCUAGAAACAGUGAAGGAAGAAUACUUUAUGACGAGGCUAUGGAGGAGCCUUCUGCAGUGGGUGAUAUGCUUGGUGAUAUAUGGGAUGAUAUGAAUGACAGUGCUCUAAUUAAAAAUAAUAGUCCAAAAAAGCAAAUGUAUAAACAUUCCACUUGCCCGUAUCGAUGUCCCAACUGCGGCCAAAGAUUUGAGAAUGAAAAUCAGGUGGUAGAGCACAUGUCUCAGUGUUUGGAGCACGAAGGUUAUAGACAUUCUGUCUCAGACGAGAAUGAGCGAGAUCACAGGAGAAAGCAUUUCUGUGAUAUUUGUGGUAAAGGGUUUUAUCAGCGCUGCCACUUGCGGGAACAUUACACAGUGCACACUAAAGAAAAGCAGUUUGUCUGUCAGACUUGUGGAAAACAAUUCUUGCGAGAGCGCCAGCUUCGACUGCAUAAUGAUAUGCACACGGGAAUGGCCAGAUACGUGUGCUCCUUAUGUGACCAAGGGAACUUCCGAAAACACGACCAUGUCCGUCACAUGAUUUCUCACUUGGCAGCUGGGGAAACUAUAUGCCAAGUCUGCUUUCAGAUUUUCUCUAGCAAUGAACUCUUGGAGCAGCACAUGGAUAUUCAUCUGUACACAUGUGGUGUUUGCGGUGCAAAAUUUAACCUGCGCAAAGACAUGAGGUCACAUUAUAAUUCUAAACAUUUUAAAAAAGCAUAAUCAUCACGUCAUUCUGUCUCAGUGAUGAAACCUCUAUGAUUUUAGAUAGAGGAGACUAAUGCAAAAACUACAUCUUGCUCAUAUUUGAAGAAGCAUGUAUUGUUAUAUACAAUGUAACUUAAGGUGGUGGGAAGCAACCGUGCACUCCUAAGUUACUUUUUUGUUUAUAAAUACAGGCAACUAAAUGGGAGGUGAGUGCCCCUACUGAAAAAAUUAAGGUUACUUCUUAAAGGAGUGGUUCACAUUUAAAAAAGCACUGGAAAGCAUUCUGACUCUUUCCAGUUUUCAAAUGAGGGUCACUGACCCUAUAUAAAAGCAAAUGCUCUGUAAGGCUACAAAUGUACUGUUAUU